ACGAACGUUCAUUAGUCUAAUAUCGUUCGCUGGUUCGAGUGUACACAAUUUUUUUGCAUCGUGUUUCUCCUCCACUUGGCCGCAAAACCUAACGAUGAGCUCUUGGAGUCGCCCUUCGGAGCUCGAGUGGCCCCGCGUUUGGAUUCGUUUCCGGGCCCGAGAUGUGGACAGCGAUCGGAUGGUGGAGUAUCGGGUUCAGGACCUACCGGAGGAUCGCGUCCGGGAUGCGAUCGAUCACAUGAAGGAGCACUUUUUGCGCGACGAACCGAUGUGCGGCAGUGUGGGCCUGUACAAAGACCCCGUUGCCCUGGAGGAGUUCGAUCUGAUGUGGCAAGACAUUGCUCGGCAGCAGGUCGCAGUGGUGUGCUUUCGCGAGGGGUCGGACGAGAUCGUUGGUUUGAAUAUGUUGACGGUGGUUUCGAAGGCCGAUUCCAAGGAGCUGAAGUUCAAAAGCUCGGCUCUUCAAACGGUGUGUGACUCGUACAUCGGUUUGCUAAAACAGGCACACAUUUUCGAGAAAUAUGGCAUUGAGAACUACCUAUCGGCCUGGGGUCUAUCCGUAUCGCCCAAGUAUCGAGGUCGUGGCGUAGGAACGGAGCUCCUACGGGCUCGGAUUCCAAUGUGUCGUGCCUUGGGACUAACGGUGACGGUGACGUUGUUCUCCAAUCCAGGGUCGCAAAUUCCCGCAGCCAAAGUGGGAUUCUACGACGAGAUUGUGGUGACUUACAAGCAGCUUGAGGAGCAGGGGUAUCUGUUCCCAGGAGUGCCGUAUGAGUUGAAUAAGUUGAUGACCAUGGUUGUUGAAUAGAUUAAUUAUAGACUUUAGAGGAAAGCUA